AUGUCCAACCCCUUCCUGAAGCAGGUCUUCAACAAGGACAAGACCUUCCGCCCCAAGCGCAAGUUCGAGCCAGGCACCCAGCGGUUUGAGCUGCACAAGAAGGCGCAGGCCUCGCUGAACGCGGGGCUGGACCUGAAGCUGGCCGUGCAGCUGCCCUCCGGCGAGGAGCUCAACGACUGGGUGGCGGUGCACGUGGUGGACUUCUUCAACCGCGUCAACCUCAUCUACGGCACCAUCAGCGACGGCUGCACCGAGCAGUCCUGCCCCGUCAUGUCGGGCGGCCCCAAGUACGAGUACCGCUGGCAGGACGAGCACAAGUUCCGCAAGCCCACGGCGCUGUCCGCCCCGCGCUACAUGGACCUGCUCAUGGACUGGAUCGAGGUGCAGAUCAACAACGAGGACAUCUUUCCCACCAGCGUUGGCACGCCGUUCCCCAGGAACUUCCUGCAGGUGGUGAAGAAGAUCCUGUCCAGGCUCUUCCGCGUGUUCGUGCACGUCUACAUCCACCACUUCGACCGCAUCGCUCAGAUGGGCUCCGAGGCGCACGUCAACACCUGCUACAAGCACUUCUACUACUUCGUCAAGGAGUUCGGGCUCAUCGACACCAAGGAGCUGGAGCCGCUGAAAGAAAUGACCGCCCGGAUGUGCCACUGA